AUGACUGAGAUAGACCGCAUGGCCUACACUUAUGCGCUCCGCGUUGCAGCUCUCCAUUCCCACCUCCACCCCGCAGUGUCUAAUCAGCCACCUCCGUCGCCGGCCUCCUUUGCGUCGCCUCCGCCAUCUGCGCGUCGCAAGUCAUUCUCGUUUCGAAAGGCAGCGCCAGUAUCCAGCAGCCCCGCCUCUACGCCGCCACUGCCGCCUCUCCCGACUGCCGCGACUGGCGAGAACAAGUUGCCAAAGGAGUACCUCAUCGAGCUCUGGGGACUUCUGGCGAACGAGCCUGGAGAUGCCGCGUGGACAGAGACGAAGCGGGCAUUUCUCAGUGGGAUCAAGAAGGGGAGCAGGAAUGAGCGGGGAGGCAAUCUCAGAGAUGUCGGCGUAUUACUGGAGACGUUCCUCGCUUGCAUCCCACCUCAGACCGCAGCUCACCCACACCAAACCCACUUCCUUCACAUCGUCUCCACCUCGCUCCCCGCUAGCACCCACUUUUCCACCGCUUUGCGUCCUCUUUCGGAGAAGGAUCGGGAGCUGCUUCACCGUCUCAGGCGGGAAGUUGCGGGCUAUAUCCUCGCCGAUCCCAUCGCCGGUAAGCCGAGCUCGUCGGGUCAGCCUGGCCACCUGUCUCCUGGCAUCUCGCUAGGCGUACCCCGACCUGCUAGAGAGGGACUCGGCGAGAUGGAGGAGACUGUAGGCUUGAUCUUUGGGGUGGGGCGCGACACACUCCGGGCGGAUCUGGAGGAGAUUUUAGGAGAGACAAGCUUGGACGAGCUGUAUAUCUCGCACAUACAAGCUAGCGCGGCGCAUCUUGCCUCUUUACCCUCUCAAACCUCCACGCAGCGACACCGCCACGCAGAGCUGUCCCGUCUGCUCUCCUCUCUGCAGGCACAGCAUCCUCAUCUUGCUCGCGCCGCCGAGCCUGGUCGUGCUGCUUGCAGCUCGGUCACAUUCUUCACUCCGCCACGCAAGAUGGAGCUCUACUCUGCCAUCUGCGACCGAGCCGAGGAGAAUGUCACGCUGCACCGCCGGGCGUACGCGCUCGUCGAUGAGUGUGUCAAGGUGUGGGCGGUGCCUGGAGAAGAGGAACGGGAGAAGGAGGUCGAGGGGUUGAUCAUCGCCUGGACGAGGAGUGUUGGCGUUUCCAGCAAGGACGAGGAGGUGUGGGGCAAGAUGCUCGAGGAUGGAGUCGGCGACCUCUGCGCGGGCAGGCAGCAGGGAUUGGGUGUCGGCAUGGACCAGCUCCUAUCCGCCCUGCUCAGCAUGCUGGGUCAGUCCGUUGCGGGCAUGAUGGGUGGUGGAGAGGGCUGGGGAGGACGAAACAAGUCCAAGGCGGAUGGGCUUUCGGGACCGCCAGUAUCUCUUCUUCCUCUCUUGCUCAGUGGGAAUGGGGUGUUGUUGAGGCAGCCGCGGGCUAUGCAGAAGCUGGACGAAGUACGGGAUGAAGUCAAAGGGAUGGCGGUAGGGGAGUAUGUCCAGGCGGUCGAGUGGUUGAUGGGCGGUAUGGGCGCAUCCGGCGGAGCAGCAGAGCAAGCUAAGGGCUUCUUUGACGUGGCCGAGUGGAUCGACGGGGUGGUCGGUGGUAUACACGCCAAGUGGGGUGACGGGCUGGGCGAGAUCUUCAGCCCAGCUGCUAUCGUACUGUCAAAGCAGCUCCCGCUGUUCUUUGCCGAGCUGCAGAUGCUAGAUGGCGGGGCCGGCGCGGGAUCGGACAAGGUAUUUGGGCUGUAUGAGGUCACAGGCAGGCUCGGCGCUAUGUGGAACGACUUGUGCCCCAAUGUCGAGAGCGGCUUUGAGAUCGACGCGUUCUUCGAGCCCCAUGUCAUCGCGUGGAUGAAGGAGACGGAGGCUGGCAAGGUACACGAAUGGGUCUCGCGAGCUGUGGCCAUGGACCGUUGGCGACCUGAGGGCGACCAGCACUACAGCCAGUCCGUUGUGGACCUCUUUGAAUUCAUCCAGCAAUCCCUCGGUGUUAUCCUGCAUGAUCUGCCGCUCAGCCCAUACAAGCGGGCACUGUACCUGACUGACAUGUCCAAGACCUCAUCCAUCGCGGUCACGCAGUACGCUAGCACCCUCCAAGCGCUCUUCCAGGUCGACAUGAACCCCGCUUCUGCCAAGCCUGCCAAUAUGGCGAGCGAGCUCGGCGGCAAGCUCAAUGACAAGAUUGGCGGUAAGGCUGGGAGCUGGCUAGCAAAGGGUCAGCAGGCAAUGAAGACGUUGGAGCGGAAGAAGGUGGACGGUUUCGUCGUUCCCCCAGCGGCCCUAGUCAAAGUGUCCAACAUGGGCGCUUGUGCCGAAUCCCUCGAUGAUCUCAUUGUCGCCAUCAAGCCCGAAGAGACGGCUCGACUCACGCGGACCAAGACUCGCGAUGUCGAUACCGCGGCCAAGAUCCCGUUUACCAUCACCAUUGCUCGUGGACAGAACCUGCUCGGGAAGAGCCAAGGCAAGGCGGCGGAUGCGUUCUGCGUCAUUACAAGUGUCAAGCACGGGGAAAAGUUGAUCAAGACCCGCACAGUCCUAGGCGUAGAGGACCCCAGAUGGGAUCAAUCAGUCGAAGUCCCGGUGACCGAUACUAAACACCUCGAGCUUGCAGUCUAUGACCGCUCACUGGUCGGCAAGCACGAUCUCAUCGGUACCGCAUCGCUCAAGCUCGACCCCAAGGCGUGGACGACCGUGUCCACUCGAGACGUCCAUAUUCCCCUCCAGCCACGAGGCGCUGUUCAUCUCCGGAUCAGCAUGGAGGGCGGAUCACAAGCCAACGACAUCCGAGCCAACCUCGCUAGCGCCACAAGGACGCUCGAGCGUACUGCAAACGACAUGGUCAACGAGGUGGUGGAGCGGAUGAUGGAGUUUGUUCGGGACCAGCUGAGCGCGAGGAAUUUGGCAGAGAUGCUCCGGCCAAAGGAUAAGAAGAAGGUCAAGGUGUAUGUGGGGGAUCCCGAGCUCGAGGCGAGCUUGUCAGGGGUGACUCAAUACCUCAAUACCAACUUCUCGACCUUCUCCUAUACCCUCACCCCCUCCACCCGCCUCGACCUCCAGCUCAAGCUCUGGAACCGGAUCCUUGAGCACCUGAUCUCCCUUCUCGUUCCGCCACUCUCGGACCGGCCGUCCACCACACCGCCGACUCCCGGCGACCAGGUCGAGAUUGUCCUCAAGUGGCUUCAGCUUCUCAAGGCAUUCUUUAACGCCAAAGAGGGCGGGACGGAGCAUGGCGUCAAGCUCGCGCAGCUCCAAGCGGGGGCGUACAAGGAUAUCAUGAUGCUUGGGCAGUACCUUGAUCUGCCUACGCCUGCGCUCAAGGAACGGGCCGGUGCGGCGGUCAAGGGGGUGGUGGCGCGAGGAAAGGGAGCAGGAGACGACGCGACGAGCCAAGCCGAGGCAGAGCGGAUGGCCGAGGUGUUGCUCAGGAUCGUCAGGACAAGGAACGACACGUCCGACUUCCUCGUCCAGCAGGUCGGUGCGUUGUCCAAGGCGAGAAUGGACAGACACGCGGGUACGCUGUAG